AUGAUCGAGUUUUGUAGCAAGAAACGUAUGCUAUUGGGUAUUUUUUGUUUGGGCGGGUUAACUUUAGUUGUUUUAAUUGUCGAAAGUCACUGGACUGAUCAAAAUAACGAACAGUUAAAAAAUGUAGAUAAUUCUUCAAAAGCAGAGCAACACUGUUGGCAAACAGAAACUUUUGAAGUUGUUGAGCCUUGUCAUCUAUGUAGUAAAUUAGAAAUUGAUAGUGGUAGUGUGGAAGCCUGUUUACCUACACAUUUUAAAGAAGUAAUUAAAUGUAAAAAUUCAGGAAUAACCUAUAGAAGUUGUUCUAAAGUUAAAUGGGUUGAAGAAAGAAAAUAUUGGAUAUUUGAAAUUUCAAUGUUUGUUCUGGCUGUUUUAUCAUACACCAUUGUGUACUAUAGGCAAAAAAUUUUAGACAGAAGAGUUAUACUAAGAGUGCAAAAACAACUGGCAAGCGGUUUAGCUAGUUAA